GAAACCCGAAACGCGCCGUAUACGGUAGUGCAGCUACUAGUCCAUGUGCUUCAACUGUGGCAAGUCAUAUUAACAUCGGAAAGUCUGUUAGAAUUAGGGUUAGUAUUUAGGGUUAAAAUAUAAUGUCAAAAAGCUAUUCAGCUUUAUAGAUGGAUUUGACUAAACAUUAUUAAAGAAUUAUGGGUCGUCGUAGACCGAUAUCACAAUGCAGACAGCAUAUUAAACCUGAAAUGAAACAAAAUGAGUUGUUCGAAAAGUAUUAUAAAAGUCUGGGAAUCGUUCCUGAGGAUGAAUGGGCAGAUUUCAUCAGCUAUUUGAAAAGAGAUCUGCCUAUCACAUUUCGGGUAACAGGAUUUCGAGAUCAAAACAAGGAAUUAUUACGACUUAUCAAACAAAAGUAUCGGAAAGAUAUAUCUGAGAUGCAACAUUAUAUGUGUGAUGAAAAAGAUCAGACUAAUGGUACUUUUGAAUCAUUACCUUGGUAUCCGAAUGAAAUGGCAUGGCAACUGAGUGUCAGUAAAUAUGCGGUUCGCAAAACAGAGGAACUCCGGACGUUGCAGCAAUUUUUGGUGUCUGAAACAGAGUCAGGUAACAUCAGUCGUCAAGAGGCUGUGAGUAUGCUACCUCCGCUUCUUUUAGAUGUGCGCUCACAUCAUACAAUCCUUGAUUUAUGUGCUGCACCUGGGUCCAAAUCUGCACAACUCGUUGAAUUGCUACAUUCUGAUGCAGAAGCAGUUCAAUCGAGAAUUGGUGUUGAAAAUGCCUCAAAGUAUGUUGAACCUACAGGAAUGAUUAUUGCGAAUGAUUUUAAUCAGAAAAGAUGUUAUAUGAUGGUUCAUCAAGUGAAACGUUUACAAAGCCCUUGUGUUGUGAUAACUCAAGAGGACGCUACAUGCUUCCCACGUCUGUAUAUAACUCUAUCACCAGAUGAAAAGACUAGUCAGAAAGAUUUGCGCCAACUAAUGUUCGAUCGUGUUUUAGCAGAUGUACCAUGCAGUGGAGAUGGAACGCUUCGCAAGAAUCCUGACCUUUGGUUACGAUGGUCGCCUAAUCUGGGUAUUGGUGAACAUCCUUUACAAUGUAGAAUCCUAAAGAGGGGUUUGGAGCUUUUAAGUGACCCAGUUGGAGAUUCUACAAGCUAUCCUCGGCUAGUUUAUUCUACUUGUAGCUUUAAUCCUGUCGAAAAUGAGGCUGUUGUGGCCUCAGUGCUACACGCGUGUCAGGGAGCUGUUCGGUUAAUCGAACCGGAUCUUUUGGAACGAAUAUUACCAGAUUCUUCUGAAAACAAGGAUUCAAGUAGACGGAAAUUUAAAUUCAGACCGGGUUUAAGCAAUUGGCGUAUCAUGGACAAAAAAGGAGUUUGGUUUACGUCAUAUGACGAAGUCCCCACAGGCCAGCGGAGUUACAUAUGCCCUUCCUUAUUUCCUCCAUCUAAUGUAUCAGAUCUACAUUUGGAACAUUGUAAACGUGUUUUACCUCAUGAUCAAAACACUGGUGGGUUUUUCAUUGCUGUUCUAGAGAAAAUUGCACCAUUACCUUGGAUGAAUGCUACAAAGCGAGAGGUUUCUGUAAGUAGCAAUCAAAUUAACCAACCAGACAAACAGCUUGAACCAAAAGAUGAUUCAAGACCUCCAUGUGUUGCUAAAAAAUCACGUAUCUUUCAUGAAAAUGGAUUGACUUAUAUAGAUUCUACUUUGAAUCCAAUUUGGUUAACAAUUCGUGAUUAUUAUAAAAUGAAGGAUAAGUCAUCUUAUAAUGGUGAAUCAUCUUUGAUAUCAUUUUGUGCAGAUAAUCUACUUUCACGUUCUGGUGGGGAAGGAAAUCGCUGUCGCCUUCUCUACUAUACAAAUAGUCUUAUCAAAAAUAUGGUAUCGACAAAUAAGGAAAGAGGAUUGAAAAUAGUCAACACUGGUGUCCGAAUAUUUUCCUCAGUUGAAGAUAAACAAUUUGAAGGAUAUCGUUUAUUACAAGAUGGAAUUGAAGUAGCUGAUGCUUUUAUACCCUUAUCAAGCGAUCGUCGUGUUCGUCUCACGUCAAAUGAAUAUUGUGAUUUAGUGUUACUUUUAAAGUAUGAGAUGCCAUUGUUAAGUCUUAUGACUGAAUCGACUCGUCGUCAGUGUGAAAAUCUAUCACCUGGUCCAAUUUUAAUUGAUUAUACACCUAAUGUUACUGACUUCACAAGUGAUGAUGAAUCGUGGACAUGUGAUAGUUUACCUCGUUGCAGACUUGUAUUUUCUGGUUGGCGUGGAGCUAAAAGCAUACGACAUUAUAUCGGACGUUUUGAACGAUUACAUUUCAUGAGACUAGCCAACAUUGAACCUAGUCCGUGUAUCAUGGGACACACCGCUAAGGAAUUAGUAGCUCACGUAAAUUCUGAAUUCAAUGAAGAUGUUGAAUGAUUGGUUCAUUUGUACACUAUUUCUGUGAUCAAUAGUACCAAGAAGAAUUUAAAGGAUAUGAUACUCUUGACAUCAGCAAAUAUAACCGAACAAAAGAUACCACCUAUUCCAAUCCAUACAAACUCAACAUUGAAUUCUGUUACGUUAUUUUUUGAAAUUAAGAUUUCUACGUUGGCCUUAUUGAACAAAUAAUCGUCAGACUAAUUGGGUGAUGCCUGGAACUUUAUUCGAGUAAGUUUCUAUUGUGAUUUCGUUUCGUCAUCUUCAUUGAACCGAGAAUUCAUCUUAUGCUUAUUAUGUUAACUGAUUCAGUCGACGUCUUGAUGGGAUGAGACAACAACUACAUGUUUGAGAAAUUUGUUUUACUACUAGUAGUAGUAAAGUAGUCUCAUCAAACUUUCGAAAAGAAGACUAGAUAUGGCUCUGGUAAAUUUAGUCAAUUUUAAGGUUUCUAUUCUUCUUGGUUAUUGCUUGAAUGAGACUUCACGAGUGCUCACGACCUAUUCAGAGAUCCAACUCAUAGGAUUCAGGUCUCGUGACAAGUACCUAACCGUUACACUACUGGAUGGAUAUCAGAUUGUACACACUCCCGACGUCAGUCAGUUUAUUAUAUAGCUCGAAGAUCAUUCAUCGUAAUUGGCGUAAACUGUUUCAGUCUUGUAUUUGAUCUCCGCUCGUCACUCUUAACUAGAAAACCAGGAACUUUUCUCAAUGUGAGUACGACUAUAGUAGUAUCAAACAAGUUUUGGGGAGAUUAAUUUAUGGGUAAUGUUUGCUACUAGUUAAAAUCAGUUGGCGGAUCUUUAAAAGCAGAGUGGUGAGUACUAUUGAGAGGUUCUAUACUAGAAAGAAGCAGCUGUUUACAUACCUAAUAAACUCCUUAAUAACUAUUUCUGACCGCUCAAUUUGAUCAUUUUGAUGUGCAAAGCCUAGGGACAAUUUUUCAGUUUUGGGUACUCUGUAGGUUGAAAUAUUUGCUUAUUUUAAAAUACUGUGUUGAAUUUUGUUACCAGCACAAGAAGACUUAUCAUUAGUGUUAAAAAUAAGUUUAUUAUAAAAUGUAUUUUCGUUUACGUUUUACGUGUCUCUAUGUAUCUAUUUUUAACUACAUAUUAGAAUAGAGCUUGAAUAGAAUCUAGUUUUAAAUAACACUGUUCAUUUAUAUGUCCUUGUAAACUAAUUCUAAGAGAGAAGUAGUACCAUCUAAUUAGUGAAGAGUUAAUAUCUACAAAUAGGUAGGGAAAAUAGUAAGUAAUCACCAGUUGUCAUAAUAAAUUUGAAGUCUAAAAGGAGUUGGUUAUUUUAUGUCAUAAGAAUCAAUAUGUUGUGGUCCGAUUAUCCGGGACGUUUCUGCAGAUUAAGUCAUUCAAUCAAUAUCAUACAUAUGAAAAGGUGUACAAUUAAUUAUUAUCAUU